UUGGAAUCGGUACCUGGCGCAGUUGAGUUGUGUAACACUCUGGGCGUUAAUUGAAUUUAUUCACUACUCAAUUGAAUGGGGCAGAGAAGAUUCUCGAAGUUUGAGCUCGGGAUAUAUUUAUCAAUAAAUAUAUUCGAAUAAAUCCAAGACACGGUAAUAUAAAUAUACAUUUAGCGAAAUCGUGUUGUGCGUUGGCGCAGAGAUACCGAGAGUCUCCUUUUUUGUGGUAGAAUUCCAUGAGAGAGUUCAAAGUUGAAGCCCACCAUCGUUUAGUCUCUUGUGGCCCACACACAGAAGAGUGUUGUAAACCUUGAUGGACUGACUCUGGCUGAGAAGAUCAAAAAGCGACGAGUGUGUGUGUCUUUAAUUAUAUUUUAUCGAAAAUGCCACAGUGAAGUGACAAUUGAAAAGGGCUGUGCCCCUUCUUCGUGUGUUGUACCUUUUUUGGGAGAUUUUUACGACUGACAUGUAAAUUGUGUUGGAGCGACCUAAAUUUGGUGCACGCGAGAGAGUUCGAAAACAUUCCACGUAUAUAUAUUAAUAUCAGUAGAGAGAUAUCAUAACAAAUUGCAUCCGCGAGAGACACUCCUCGAGAGAUUGACAAGGAAUUUAAUUACCUAGAAUUGCAAGUGUUUGUGGAAUUGAUAUCUCUUCAGUGAGGAGCACGUGAAAUCCUGCCAUCGCAAAACUGCCCGGAGAAUUGAUCCCAACGAUUGACGAAUCCUUGUGAAUUGCUGCUGCGGAGAAGCGUGACAAUGGUGGACUACUACAAAACACUCGAUGUGAAUCGAGGGGCGACGGAUGCGGAAAUAAAGAAGGCAUACAGAAAAUUGGCUCUCAAAUGGCAUCCGGACAAGAAUCCCAACAAUCUGGAGGAGGCAAAUAAGCGGUUCAAAGAGAUCUCCGAGGCCUAUGAAGUGCUAUCAGAUGAGCACAAACGCAAAAUUUAUGAUUCGAGAACAACAUACAAAAAAUAUCAUCACAACUAUGAACCAUCUUAUCAUCGUUCUGCUGGGAAUCGUUCUCAGAAUAGAGUCUUUACUUUCCGAGGAUUGUUUGAGACGACACCGUUUUAUCGAUUCUUCGAGCGAAAGAGGCGAGUCUACGAUCAGUAUGGCAAGGAAGGUCUCAUGGGACACAAUGAGCGUCACCACCGAUCGCGCCGCCACGAUCCUGAUGACUACGACUUCAUGGGCGGCGGCUUCGGCUUUACAUUCAGGGAUCCCGAGGAAGUGUUCAGAGAAUUCUUUGGCAAUUCACCAUUUGCUGAUAUUUUUGGUGGAAUGCCAUAUGCUGCCACAAAUGGACGUCGUUCGAACAGGCAUUCUCACCCUCAGAACACUAUUUCGUCGCAAUUCAUGAGUCCCUUCAUGGGCAUCUCGCUGAUGGAUGACUUCUUCAGCAUGGACAAUGGCGGCAUGAACGGCGCCUUCACAUCCUUCUCCUCCUUCAACAGCGCUGGUGGCGGCGGAGGAGGCGGCGGCGGCGGAGCUGUGAAGCGCACCUCAACUUCCACCACAUUUGUCAACGGGAAGAAACUGAUGACGAAGAGGAUAUACGAGAAUGGCAAGGAAACUGUAAUGUCGUAUGAGAACGACGUCCUGAAAUCAAAGACUGUCAACGGUGUGGCCCAAGCGCUUUCCUACAAUUAAGCAGAGAGGAGAUAAAUUGAAUCAUGCAGAAGACAAUGAGGAACAAUGUAGAUAUAGUUAUCUUCGAGAAAUUUGGGCAAAAAUUUGCUGAAGUAUAACCAAACUAGAUUUUCUUCGCACUGUAAUUUGGAUUUAUAUUAUUCUUUCGCUCAUUUGCCAUGGCGGAAAAAAAGGCGACGUGGCAAAAGAUUAGUUGAGCUUCUCGCUCUGGAUAAAGGAAGAUGAUCGCGUAGAGAAGGAAUAAUUUGAUUUAUACUAUAAUCAUAAAUUAUAUUGUGGACGGAUAAUUGAAGUAUAUCGUCAAAUUUCUAUGGUCUCAACACCAAGUUUAAUCAUGAAAUAUAAUGUAUUGCUGUAUGUAAAUUGAAUGAAACUAUUCUAUAACACUUGAGAGAGAGAGAGAAGCGGUGAAAAAGUGAGCACAGAUCUGGAGAUGGAAUCACACGAUGUUAAUUGGAGAAGAAGUGGCGUUUGAUGUUGAACAAAUUGAUUUUCUGCUCACGAGUGAAGGAGAAAUCAAAGGGUUAAUUCUUUAGUUUAAGGCGCAUAAUUGAAUAUACAUUUUAGAGGAAGGAAAAACACCCAUUAAUUCUCUCCUUUUUACCAUGUAAUUUAUUUUUAUAUAAAAUGUGCACACAAUGCCGAUUUAACUGAUGAUUCAAUUGGUGGAGAGCUGCAAGUCUCCCCGAUGUUUACCUCGUAAAGUGAAUGAAUUAGUGUGAAUUUAAGAUGAAUGAUUUUGCCAUAGAUGAGCGAGCUAACCAGAAACUGAAAGCAGAAACCAAUUAAUCAUUCAUAUUCGCAAGAUUCUUAGCUAAUUUGUGUUUGUUUCCCUUUACGUUCACAAUUUUCUGUGGGCAUUUAUUUUUGUGUUUUUUUUUCGGAUAAAAGAUUACAUUUAGACAAUGAUACUUAUAAUUAAAGAGAAUUAAACAACCAUUGAGAGUGAAA